ACCCUCUUUUCAGCCGGUAAACACAUUAACACAAACCAGCAACAGGAUGGCUGUGACGAGAAUGGAGACUGGCAAAUUUUGGCCGUUUUUUAUGCUCAUUUGGCCUCUGCUUUGGUCGGUUCAAGGAGCCACGGCCGCUUCUGUAGACAAAGCUAACUUGGUGGCUGGAAAAUGGGUCACCUGCCCGAAUUCCGUCUCCCUUCAUGUGCUCUGCUACCAAGGACAGGAGCCCUCGCUGGCCAAAAUGUUCCAGUCAACAUUUGUGGAAUUGAAAGGGCCUGCUGGAGCUGGUUGGUCCGUCUACCUUGGAAAUUCAGCUGCCGAAGUCGAGGCCAGCUACAAAGGCCAGCAGUCAGUGUGGUCGUGGUUCUCAUCACAGUCUCAAGGACCCACUGAGGUGCAGAUGACCCCUUUCAACUCGUCAUGCAUUGGGGUCUCAAGCCAAAAGAGCGCCGUCGAGGCUCGACUUGUGCUCCUUCACAUCAGUUACUACAGACUGGCAACUUGUCUUGCAGGAAUUUUCCUUCUCUUUCUGGCUCCCAAACUUGCUCGAAGCAAAAUAUGCCACUAUUUCACUGGUGUCAGCUUCGGAAUGCUGGCCUCGGCUCUGAUUGUCUCAAUUCUCCUGUGGAGAAUUUUUCCAAAGAAAGGAUUGGCCAUGUCAUUAAUGGUUGGUGGUUGGAUGGUUGGUGUGUACUUCCUCGGACUGGCCUACGAGAAUGCCCGACAAAUUAUGAACGAGUACCGAGGACAUGUGGCUGCGUACAUUUUGGUCACAGGCUUGAUUUCCUUCUUUGCUGUCCAUCGUUUUGGUCCAGUGAGCAAUCCCAGGACCCUUGACUGCAUUCAGUGGACCCUUCAAAUCAUCGCUGGGGUGUUAAUUCUACUCAGCUCCCACUUCCUCGAAGGAUCCGUUGCCGUGCUCUUUCUUUCGCUGGCAAUUUACAACUUCCCAGCCAGAUGGUCGGCCACAGUGACCACUUUCAUUCGGAGAAAAAUUUUCCGUCCGCAACACAAAUUCAUCUCCCCUGAGGAGUACGAAGCUCAAGGAGCGAGUGAAACUGAAAAGGCUUUGAAGGAGCUUAGAGAGUUCUGCAGCUCCCCACAGAGUAAUCCCUGGAAGCUGCAACUCAGCCUUUCCAACCCACAAAGAUUUGCACGAUUUGUGGAGGGUGAAAGCCACUUGGAGAAUGAUGAGAUUCUUCAGUACAACACCAUUUCAUGGGACGAAGAGGAUGUUUUGACAGAAGAUGAGGACUAUUGACAACGGUCCAUCAAUUCGAUUUGCAAU